AUGGACCCCCACGGCUCCCAGCUGCACGUGGAGCAGGAAGGGCAGGAGGGCAGCCCAGAAGAGGCCGCGAGUGCAUCCACGGCAAUCCGAAACCAGACUCCCUACUUUCCAGCAUCAGCACCGCUCAGGCGGCCCCGUGGGGACUUCGGCGGCUUCUGCAUCCUCCAGGCGCCGGCCAGCUCUUGGCACCAGCCGAGCAUCUUGCUGGCCCCGCUUCGGGGUCAACUCCAUCUCCAACAAAGAGCAGUUUGGUCAACACACAAACGACAUCACAAUGUCAUCUCUGAUUGCCUUCCCGAUUACCCGGUCAACUCGGAUUUCGUAAAGAGAUUGAAGUCAGCCCUGGAAGCCAGGGAUGAGGCGAGAGUGAGGGGUUUGAUCUGCACUGAAGUUCGGCACGUGGACGCCGUGAUAGAACUGGCCAACGACGACUGGAUGAAGGACCCCUCGGCCCAGCUGCCCCCCGGGGUGCUCCUAGGAGACCUGGACCGUCUUAAGCUCCUCAUGGACCAGUUCUUCCAGGACGCCAACGUGGUGUUUGAGAUCAAGAAGGAUGAGAUGGAGUGGCAGGUGAAAUCCCUGGCCACGUUUGGACCGUCAGGCCUCUGGACCUUGGAGUACAAGCGCGAGCUCACCACACCCCUGUGCAUCGCCGCGGCCCAGGGCCACACGGCCUGCGUGCGCCACCUGCUCGGCCGCGGCGCCGACCCCGACGCCAGCCCCGGCGGCCGCGGCGCCCUGCACGAGGCCUGCCUGGGGGGCCACACGGCCUGCGCCCAGCUGCUGCUGCAGCACCGCGCCGACCCCGACCUGCUCAGCGCCGACGGCCUGGCGCCCCUGCACCUCUGCCGCACGGCCGCCUCGCUGGGGUGCGCGCAGGCGCUGCUGGAGCACGGCGCCUCGGUGCAGCGCGCGGGCGGCGCGGGCCUGGACACGCCCCUGCACGUGGCGGCUCAGCGCGGCCUGGACGAGCACGCGCGCCUCUACCUGGGCCGCGGGGCGCGCGUGGACGCGAGGAACGCCCGCGGCGAGACGGCCCUGAGCGCGGCGUGCGGCGCGGCGCGGCGGCCCGACGAGCACGCGCGCUGCCUGCGCCUGUGCGCGCUGCUGCUGCGGUGCGGCGCGGCGGCGGACGCGCGCGACGAGGACGAGCGCAGCCCGCUGCACAAGGCCUGCGGCCACGCGCUCCACGGCCUGGCGCGCCUCCUGCUGCGGCACGGCGCCGACGCGGGCGCGCUCGACUACGGGGGUGUGUCGCCGCUGGCCCGAGUGCUGCACACGGCCGCCUGCGUCCCCGAGGCCGCGCCGCAGCGCACGCUGCAGGCGCUGCUCAACCACGGCUCCCCCACCGUGUGGCCCGACGCCUUCCCCAAGGUGCUGAAGACCUGCGCGCCAGCCCCCGCUGUCCUCGAGGUUCUUUUCAACUCCUACCCUCAGCUCCGCGUGUCAGAGUCCUGGAAAGAGGUGAUCCCUGAAGAAGUGUUUCAGGUGCACCAGCCUUUCUACGAGUCCCUCUUUGCCUUGGCCUACACCCCACGCUGUCUGCAGCAUCUCUGCCGCUGCGCCAUUCGGAAACUGUUUGGCAGAAAGUGCUUUUACCUCGUGCCCCAGUUGCCCUUGCCAAAGUCCCUGCAAAAUUACCUUCUUCUGGAGCCAGAGGGGGUUUUGCACUGA